UUCCUUUCUUCUCUCUCUGACAAUAAUUGAGAAGAAGGAGAAGAAGAUGGGAAGGGGUAGGGUCGAACUGCGGCGUAUUGAGAACAAAAUCAGCCGUCAAGUGACGUUUUCAAAGAGGCGAAGUGGACUGUUCAAGAAAGCUCAAGAAAUCUCUGUGCUAUGUGAUGCUCAAGUUGCUGUGAUUAUCUUCUCCACCAAAGGCAAGCUCUUUGAGUUCUCCUCUGAUUCCAGCUUGGAUGGCAUUCUGGAACGAUAUGAGAGACAGACGCACACAGAACAACUUGCUGAAGCUAACAUCGAAUCUCAGGGAAACUUGUCCUUGGAGUUCUACAAACUUACCACCAAGGCUAAAAUCUUGGAGAAGAACAUUAGGAACUAUGGAGGACAUGAUCUUGAUAUCUUGAGUUUGAGAGAGCUUCAGAACUUGGAGCAACAGAUCGACACAGCUAUGAAGCGUAUUCGAACAAGAAAGAACCAAAUGAUGAAUGAAUCCAUCUCGGAGCAUCAGAAGAAGGCAAGGGCAUUGCAGGAGCAAAACAACAUAUUAGCAAAGAAGGUAAAGGAGAAAGAAAAGACACUGACUGAAAAUCCCCAGAAGGAGAAGGACACUCAAGGACAUAAUUUACCUAGCUUCAAUGUACCUGCUCAACAGCUACAACUUCCUACUUUAACUCUUGGUGCGAAUUUACAUCAAGCAAGAGGAUCAGAAGAGGAAGAAGUGGAAGCUCAUCAGACAGCACCCAGAAGCGCCACUAUCAUUCCACCAUGGAUGUCGCGCCACUUGAUCAGAUAAACUAUGAUGUGGCUCUGUAUGGCCCUUUUUAUUAUUAAGUAAUUAAUUAAUUAUGACUCUAUACCUUGAUGAUGAAGGCAUAAAUCAACUUUGAUAAAUAUCCUUGUUCUAGAUAGAACUGCUUCAUCUUCCUGUGUAGCUUUGCGUCUUCAAGUCCUCUUUUUUGGGUUUUCCUUGUGCUCGA